AGGGUUGCAGGGUGGAUGGGCGAGCGGGCUGGGCGAGCAGGUGGCUUCUCCUCCGUCUCUCCUGAGCCCCAGGCACCGUGCCGGCUGCCCAGGGAGCGCCUUUGUGCCCGGCCCCGGGAGCCCGCGACGGCCGCUGGGCGCCCGGGUCCAUUGUUUCGCUUCUCUGACUCUUCCGGGCAGGUGCCGGCGCCGCGCGGGGCCCGCACGUGCCAAAGCGGCGGCCGGAGCGCCGGGACCUGUGGGCGCCGGCAGGGGUGUCCGCGGGCGCGCGGCAGGAGAUGAAGUACCUGAAGCCGUGGUGGUCGGACGGCGGUGGUCUCCUGCACCUCACCAUCCUGCUGAGCUUGGCGGGGCUCCGCCUGGACCUAGACCUGGACCUGGACCUCUGCCUGUUGCUCCCGCCGCACACCCUGCUCCGGGAUGAGCUGCUGCUCCUCCGGGGCGGCCCGACGAGCCCCGCCUACGCUCUCAGCCCCUUGCCCGCCUCGGGAGGGUGGGGGAGCGCACACCAACUGCACCCGAAGGGCUGGGACCCCGACCCCGCAGCGCCGCCCGAGGGCCAACUGCUCCGGGAGGUGCGCGCGCUGGGGGUCCCCUUCAUCCCCCGCACCCGAGUGGAUGCGUGGCUGGUGCACAGCGUGGCAGCCGGGGACGCCGACGGGGCCCACGGGCUGCUCGGCGCCGCCGCCGCCUCGUCGGCCGGAGGUGUGGGCGCCGGCGUGGACAGCGGUAGCCAGGCUGCGCCGGGGGGCGGCGGGGACCCCCGAGCGGCUCCGAGUAGCCCCUUGGCCGCCGGAGAGGAGGAGAAGGCACCGGCGGAACCGACGGCUCAGGUGCCGGACGCCGGCGGACGCGCGAGCGAGGAAAAUGAGGUACUAAGAGAGAGGCAUGAAGCUGUGGAUCACAGUUCUCAGCAUGAGGAAAAUGAGCACAGAGUGUCAGCCCAGAAGGAGAAAUCACUGCAGCAGAAGAAUGAAGAUGAAGAUAAAAUAGCAGAUAAACCUGACUGGGAGGCAGAAAAGACCACUGAAUCUAGAAAUGAGAGACAUCUAAAUGGAACAGACACAUCUUUCUCUCUGGAAGACUUAUUUCAGUUGCUUUCAUCACAGCCUGAAAAUUCACUGGAGGGCAUCUCACUGGGAGAUAUUCCUCUUCCAGGAAGUAUCAACGAUGGCAUGACUUCUUCAGCACGUUAUAACGUAAAUCUUAGCCAGGCUGUAAGUCAUGAUGUGAAUCUCCAGGAGGCCAUGUUGCUGUGUCCUGACAAUACAUUUAGAAGGGAUCAAGUAGCAAGGACUUCACAGCCACAGGAACCAUUUCUGCAGUUAAAUUCUCAUACCACCAAUUCUGAACAAACCCGUCCUGGAACUAACUUGACAGAAUUUCUUCCAUUUGUUGACAAUCAGAUGAGGAAUCUAACAAGCGAAGACUUUUUACAUGACCUCGAUAUAAACAUAUUUGAUGAAAUAAAUUUAAUGUCUUGGGCUACAGAAGAAGGUUUUGAUGCAAUGGAAGUUUCUCAGCUUUUUGAAAAACCAGAUUCUGAUUCUGGGCUUUCUUUAAAUUCAAGCCACAAUAGCACCUCUGUCACCAAGUCUAAUACCUCUCACUCUGUGUGUGAAGGUGCCAUAGGUUAUAGUGACCUUGAAUCUCUUUCCCACCAUGACUUAGAAGGGGCUGUGGGAGGCUGCUACCCAGAGCCCAGUAAGUUUUGUCCCAUGGGUCAUAGGAGUGACUCUGGUUUUCAUGGGGACCUUGCAUUUCAACAUGUAUUUCAUAACCACACUUACCACUUACAGCCAAGCGCUCUAGAAUCCAAUUCUGAACCUUUUUCACGGCAUGGAAAGCCACAGAAAUUGAGUAGGUACCUCAAUGACACAGACAAAAAUUUAAGCCGUGAUGAACGGCGUGCCAAAGCUCUGCAUAUUCCUUUUUCUGUAGAUGAAAUUGUCCGCAUGCCUGUUGAUUCUUUCAACAGCAUGCUAAGCAGAUACUAUCUGACAGACUUACAAGUGUCGCUCAUCCGUGAUAUUAGACGAAGAGGGAAAAAUAAAGUUGCUGCUCAGAACUGUCGUAGGCGCAAACUGGACAUAAUCUUGAACCUAGAAGACGAUGUAUGUAACUUGCAAGCAAAGAAGGAAACCCUUAAGAGAGAGCGAGCCCAGUGUAACAAAGCUAUUAACAUAAUGAAACAGAAACUGCACCACCUUUAUCAUGAUGUUUUUAGUAGGUUAAGAGAUGAUGAAGGUAGGCCAGUCAAUCCAAACCAAUAUGCUCUUCAGUGCAGCCACGAUGGAAGUGUUUUGAUUGUACCCAAGGAACUGGUGACCUCAGGCCACAAAAAGGAAAACCAAAAGAGAAAGAGGAAAAGAGAAGAAAUUGAAGAUGGAGUCCGUUAAUAUGCAUAAAGCAGUAACGUUCAGAAACUGAGGUUCAGCUCAAGUGUUAUAUCUUUUAAGUACUCCUACUUAUCAUUCAGUUAAAGCUAUGAAGCUUACAUGGACAAAAAUUUGGGACUUGAAGAUCAGACUUGUAGGAAAUUUGGGGGAAAUCACUUUUCAUGAAGCUCUACUACUGCAUUACAUGCAUGAUUCA